CCCAAAACAGCUGUUAAAUAAAGGAGAAAAAUUAAUCAAUUGAUGGGGAAUACAAAAAUACAAUAAUUAUACUCAAAUUUUAUUUGUACGUAAUCCCAUGAUGCCUAUUCAACUAAUAUGAGCUAUAAAUAUCUUCUGAUUCUAUUUUCACGUUGGCUUGAUUUGUGGAUGCAUUUAAAAUAGUAAAAGUUUAAGCGCAACACGUGAUUAGUCGUCUCGACAAGACCGGAAUUCGUAGAAAAUUUAAAAAUACCGAAAAAAAAGUAAGUUGAUUAUCUAAAAUCCAACCGGGGAUAAUCCUAUGUACGUAGGACGGCCCUGCUGCAAUAAAUGGUUAUGUGGUGGCGGCUCAACAGCUCGCCAAACCUUACCCUUUGCCCCCGCGAAUAUUAACCGAUUGUCGACGUUUCCCAGAGCUUCUCGUAUCCCCUGCCUCUCCCCUGACAAUUUGUGCUUGAGGGCCUUCAAAUGGAUACCCGUCGUAUUCGUGUGUUUCAUAUUGGUUUGGUCGUAUUACGCUUACGUGGUUCAGUUUUGUUGCUACACCCUUAUGACGCCUCAAUACUCUUUGCCGCAAAACGGUGACGACCCCUCUUAUAAAAGUCAUGACGCUAAAAUUGGGCAUGGAAUGGAAGAUAAUUCAGAAUCGGCAGCGUUAUUCAAUAGCAGCGAACCGUCUAGCGAUCAAACCGCUAAUAUAUCCGAUCAAGUUAAUACGACCCCUCGAGCUAUAGCCUACUUGAUUGUCUUUCAUCCCUUGUUCCUAUUAUUGCUUUGGUCCUAUUUCUCGGUUACCCUGACGCCGGCUUGCAAGGGUAAAAGACGCGAAGGGUGCGCGGUACCCAAAGUAUACGCGCUCGAACCGAGAGAACUCGUCGAGAUAGAGAAAGCCAGGGACGAAAACGAGUUAUCCAUAAUACUCAACCAGGUCGCCCUUAGGGUGUUCGACUAUCCGCGGACUAAUAAUCAAAUCAAACCCCUUAAACAAUGCACCCUCGAGGGAGGUCCUCGCUACUGCGACAUUUGUAAACAUCUUAAGCCGGAUAGGUGCCACCAUUGCGGCGCGUGCGGUGAAUGCGUGCUUAAAAUGGACCAUCACUGUCCCUGGGUCAAUAACUGCGUUAAUUUCGGGAAUCAAAAACAAUUCGUUUUGCUCUUAAUUUACGGCUGUUUGAUAAGUCUCUUCGCCGGAAUUACGACAUUUCCCUACUUCGUCUCUUUCUGGUCCAACUCUAGCGCUUACCAACUGCCGCUUCCCGCCUCCGACUCUACCCCACUUCCGAGCUCCUCCCAAUUCAAAUACGCUAUACCCGCUUCCAAUUACACCGACAACCUUAAAACGAACGCCUCAUUUUCGCUUACUUUUGCCAACGCCUCCCUAUUUUCCUCGUUAAUCGAUUAUCCUUACACUUCUAACUUCGUGGGACGGGCUUUGCUGACUACCCGUUUCCACGUUUUAUUCCUGUUUUUCGUGGUUAUCAUGUUCGGCAUAGCCCUGAGUGCCUUAUUGGCCUACCAUUGCUACCUGAUCUCCCUUAAUAGGACCACUCUUGAUACCUUUCGAGCCCCCGUAUUUCCUCCCCAAAAAGCUUCCCCUAACGCUUCGAUCAAGGAUCAGAAUACUCCCAAACCCGACUUAAACGGAUUCAAUUUGGGAACUUGUAGAGCCAACUUUGAACAAGUAUUCGGGAAAAAUCCUUACAAAUGGGCCUUCCCCAUCUUUACGGCCAUCGGUGACGGCACAAUCUUUCCAAACAAAUAUGAAACGGUAAACGAAUUGUGUCAGAACCUCGGUUCGGUUCCCGAUUUCCAUUCGUUCAAUAAUGAUCACUUCGACUCUUCGGGCCAUCACAUUGAUUCGGCUUUCAAUUCUCAUUUUCCUCCGUCUCCUCGGGGCAACAACGAAAAUAAAAAACCUGGCAAAUAUACUACGCUCUUCGAAAAAGAUACUUCCUUACGCGCCAACGAUGGUAAUAACUUUGUAAACGUUACCAUUGACUCGAAUACCGCGCAUUCUUACGCUUCCCCGCGCAAAAAAUUUUCCAAGAGAAUAUUUGGUUCUCACAGGAGGUUACCUUUUGUUGAUAACGCCAGCUCCAACAAAAAUUUUCCCUUACCACCGUUAAACUCGCCCGUGAAUGUAUCGAGGGUCGGUCUUUUGUCCUCAUCGCAAAAUUUGUUAUUGGAAAGCACCGGGACAUCUUCUUACUUACCUUACGGAUCUAUAAAUCAAUCCAGAUUUACUAAGAUAGAUCUCAACGCCUCAUAAUUUUUUUUAAUAUAAGUAUUUAACGACAAAUAUAUAUAUAUAUAUUUAAAAAAAAUUUUGUUACAUUUAAUAAGACUCAAAUUUAUUAUUAUUAUUUUUUUUAUUAAAGUAAAAAUUACUCACUCCUUUUAUCGUGUUUUUCGAAUUGACGUAAAUUUCGCGUCGCAUUUUAUCUUUCCAUUUCAAAAUUUUGUCAUCUAUACACUAUAUUUAGUGUUGUAAAACGGCUCAAUUUGAGUCGAUUUUCAAAAACGGUUAGUAAUAUUAAGCAAGUCCGGAGAUUUUGCUCGCAGAUGACACAAAGGUGUAGACAUCAAUUAUCGAAAUCUCGAGGCUUCAGGCAAUAUUUUUCUGGCUUAAAUUUACUGACCGCUUAACAAGACUAACUAUAUUAGAAGAAAUUUCGAUUUUUGACUUUUUAAAUAUAAUUUUUUUUUUAAAAACGCAAAAUUUAUAUUAAUGUGUAGGUUUUUUUUUAUAAAUGCUUCAAAGCUAACACUCAUUUGAUUUGGAGAAACUAAUAUAUUAUAA